UCCCCUUCCAAAGGAGGAGUGGGAGGAAAGGGAGAGAUAAAGCGAGGGCGGGGGCGGAGCUGGCUCUCGCUGGCUUUGUCACAUCGCGGCUGCUUGCCCCAUGCAUCCCUCGCCCUGCGCCGACGAGAUGGGAGAUGCCCCCGCGGUUGACAUUGUGGACAUCUAUGAAUCCAUACGUGAGCGACAGCGUCAUGACAGUGAAAGGUCCACCUGUAGCACUUUGGAACAGAAUGACAUAGAAGCUGUUGAGGCACUUGUUUGUAUGAGUUCCUGGGGUCAAAGAUCACAGAAAAGUGACCUAUUAAAGAUAAGACCUCUUACACCUGUAUCGGAUUCAGGUGAUUUUGCAAUGCACACUGAACUUCCGUCUGAGUUGCCCAAGGAUUAUAACUUUUUAUCCACACUGUGUAUGACUCCGCCAUACAGUCCAGAUUUUACUGAGCCGUCCACAUCAGCCUUGCUGUCUUCCCAAGUCACCUAUUCGAAACCAAGGACUAUCAUGGCUAAUGCACCUGCCUGCCUCAUUGCUCCUCCAGGCUGUGCUCCUGCUGCAACCCAGCCAUCUGCCCUAAAUGAUGAGAGGCAGUCCAGCCAGAAGCCAGCAAGGGCUGAUCAGCCUGCUCCUCAGCUCUGUAGGGCCAUGGCCACCAGCGUGAUCCGUCACACAGGGGACAGUUUUGCUUACUCCCGCAUUCCUACCGUGCAAGAGAAAGUGGAAGCAGUAUCGCCCAACAGCCAUUCCAUGGAUCAGCAUGAGGCACGAGACCAGAGACGCUGGAGAGUUUUACAGGAUUCUGAUGUUGGUGACACCUUAGAUUAUGACCCUUCACCAGUACAGGAAUCUUGUUUACACAGGUCAAGUUGUAGCCCCACAAGAAAAGGGCAGGAAAUGCCAGAGAGUUCUUUCCCAAAGAACUGUGGAAAGGAUAUACAGCAAAAGAGCACUCCACUUCUACCUACCCCACUUUCAAAUCCCCAGGUGAUCUGCCAAAUGAUCCCCUUGGACAGACAAAGAGGUAUGGUUCCUGCCUUUCUAAAGCCCUCUACUCAGACGGCGACAGCGGUCAAACCCAUCUUACCCCAUGCAGCCCCAAUUUCCCAUCCUGUUUUAAUGGGACCUUCUAUGCCUCAGGGGACUGUUAUGUUGGUUCUUCCGCAGGCGGCUGUUGCUCAGGCACCACCGUGCCCACAAACUGUGCUGUCUGUUGGGAACACCAAACUAUUGCCCCUGGCUCCCGCACCAGUUUUCAUUGCCUCGGGUCAAACCAGUGCACCUUUAAUAGACUUUUCUCGGAGGAGAAAUUACGUUUGCAACUUCCCAGGCUGCAGAAAAACCUACUUCAAAAGCUCUCAUCUCAAAGCCCACCUCCGUACUCACACUGGAGAAAAACCUUUCACGUGUAGCUGGGAAGGUUGUGAUAAAAAGUUUGCUCGCUCCGAUGAACUUUCUCGCCACCGCAGAACACACACAGGAGAGAAGAAAUUUGCUUGCCCGGUCUGUGACCGCCGCUUCAUGCGCAGUGAUCACUUGACGAAGCACGCUCGCCGCCACAUGACGACCAAGAAGGUACCCAGCUGGCAGACGGAAGUUGGCAAACUGAACAGAAUUGCAACAGUGGAGAAACCUAGAAGCGAGGGUGCCUUGAGCAUGCUCCUGCCUAUGCUCUCUUCUGGUUAAUAGACCUGUUUGUGCAAAAGACACCUGGUUGGCUCAAAGCAGCUUUGACUGAUUUCCUAAUGUCUAUUCAUGGUUACUUUAUUUUGUAGUGGGGAGGGGGAAAAAAACUGUAAUGUUUUGUAUUCUCUGCCUAUUUCCCUCUUCAGCUUAAGCCUUAUUUAAAUGUUGAGGAUUCCUUCCUCCCCUCCCUUGUCUUUUUCUUUUCAAUGAAGCUUCGGAGCAUUCACCAGCACUUCAGGAAAUCAAAACUUUUUGGAGAAAAAAAUCUUGGCAUUGGAUUGUCUUUUCGGAAAACGUACCUGAAUUUGAGUAAUAGUGGUCAAUGUAAAGUGAAACAGGGUGAUUUUUUAAAAAAAGAAAAACAUUUAUACACAUUUGUCUGUACAAAAUAUAUAUGGGGAAAUGGCUUUUUCUGUUGAACGUGAUCCAAACUAUUGAACAAUGAUGUUCUCAUGCUGCCCGUGUCUGAACUGCAAGUCUAGCACCCGAAUCCACUUAAGGAUUGCCUGCCAUGUGACAUUUUAAAGCAUAGGCAUUGUUUCCCUUGUCUGGAGAGCAAUGUGUCGGUCUUGUAUGGAUGAUGAAUGCAUGAGGCUAGCUCAGGAACAAUUUAGAUACAACACAGACUGUGUGUGCAGCACUGCUACCAUGCCACAUGGCAGCUCCAUACAGCCAGCAUCUCACUUAAAAACUUUUGAGUAUUGUUUUGUGCAUGCCACAAGACAGUUAGUCCGUCGGCCAAUAUCCACAAGCAUAUGGGGAAAGAACCUUUUAAAUGUGUCAGCAGCUGUAUGGAGCUCAUAGGAGACAGGCUUUUUUUGAGUAAAACAGCAUGUGACCCCCCCCCCCCAUGGCUUUCGGAGGCUAAGGGCCAAGCUAGAGGAGCCGUUGUUGGGACCACUAUGGUACAGAGGGAGGAGGGGCUUUUGCGUUGCCUUUCUGCCAUUUUUUUCCAGCCCCCAAUGGUGCCAGACUGCAGCACACCCAACCAGAAUUGGGCCCCUCAUGGUGCUCUUAAAAAGCUCUUCAACUCAAAGUCCAGAGUUCUGGUGGUAAGCUUGCAUUUUGCAGGUCUGAUUGGAUAUGUAUACUGCACCAGAUUAUUAAUAUUUGCUUUAUAUUUUGAACAAAGGAAUGGCUUGUUGGAGCCCUUUCCUUCCCCCGUACAUAAAUUGUAAGGUGGAAGUGCCUUCUAAUCUUAGCUCAGUUCAGCUAGCUUAAGAUAGCUACAUGUCUGUCAUAAGAGCACAAUUCUGCUCAACAAUUUUGUAUCUCAGUAGGCUAACUGAGCAGACACGAAGCAGGAUGUAAAAGUGUUCGUUUGGCAGAACUGUGCCCCCCAGAUACUAGAAAAAAACAUAAAGAUGGUUAAUGGAAAAACCCAACUAUAUGAGCAGCAAUCAUAAUGACCUAUGAUUUAAAAUAAAAGCUGAAACGACCGCAUUUUCAUCUUGACACAUAGAUUAAGUGAACAUCGCUCAGUGCAAAGAGUUCAAAGAAUCUUCACGUGAAUAUUCCAUGGAUGACGAGUACCGCAAAAUGAGACAUUUACAGUGCAGUCCUAAGCAGAGGUACACACUUGGAGUCACUGCAUAGGAUUACACUGUUGGUGCUUUUGGCAGGGGUGGGGGGAUAAUACUUCUGCUUUAAAAUGUGAGGGAUUUAUAAUCCCUAUAAAAUGCUGCAAGCCCUCAUAAUAAACUGUUCUAUAACAGCAAUUUAUCUCUCUCAGAAGUGGUGCAAAAAGUUCUUAGCUUCGUAACCAAACCACCUUAUAUCUGAUCAUAUCAUGUGUGCUCUUUCUCCACUGUAAAAUGAAAUGCAAGAUUGCCAAUUUGUAGAUCUUAUUUCUUAAUUGUUUUUAGGGAAGCGUGAUUGAAAAACUGAAUUUUGGAAUGUGUGGACCAUUGAGCUGCCCUCUCAAAUGAGAGUUAAGAAAAUGGUGUGAAAGGACCGGCGGGGGGAUGCAACAUCAGAUACUUCAUUUGAAGCCAAAGUUGCAUCCAUCUAUUAACUUGGUGUCCAUCUGAGACAAUGAGAGUUAAAUGAAAAUACACUGGGAUAUAAAUGGUAGGAGAAUUGUAACCUGGAACCACAGAUGCUUAAAAAGUUUAUACUAGCACAUUCUGUUCUGGAAUAAUGGUAUACAAAGCUGGUGUUUAGGCUUGCUGGUGUUUUUACUGGCCUUGCUGCUAUGCCUCUAACAGCAGUUUUUGAUCUGCAGAGAUUUAGGAAGAAAAUAUUUCCCCCCUCACCUCAUCUUCAUACUUUACUUUCCUAGAAAAGGAAAAAUAAUUGGUCGCCCUACUGGUAAUAUCCUGAGUUUGUGAAUUUGCAACGAUUCCAUGUUUGUCCUAAACAUGUAGCUGCCGAUUUCCUUAUUCUUGAGUUUGAAGAACCUCAUUUUCACCAUAACAGAAACAGCCAUUUUCUCUCUUUUCCCCACCCUCUUUUAAAAGAAUUAUAGGUAUAUGAAUUAAGCAUUGUCUUAAGUUGAUUAGAAUCUUGGCAUGUAUUUCUGUUUCAAAUAUUGUAAAUGGGAUUCCUUGGAAAGGAUGUUCAACCAGGCCUGUGUACCUUGUGCUCCACCAGGCCCAGUGCAGCCGCAGACUGUGCAUUGUGGCCCACCACGUGCUUGGAAACCACCCCACUUGGGUAGCAAAACCAGGAACCUUCCUGAGCCCCUAGUCAGCUGGUGGUUAUACACAGCUGGUGGGUCAGAUAUUAUGCAAGCCUGAGUUAAACAUAAGUAGGCUAUAAAAACGGCACUUCAGUAUAUGUGUAUUGCCUUUAUUUCUAUUUACAGUUAUUUUUUUUUAAAUGUGAACUUUUAGAGCCAGCACAACUGUGGGAUAACACUCAUAUAGAACAAGUCAGUAGGCAUAAUGAUUUUCCUUCUUAUGCUUAGUCAAUUGAACACUCAUUCAGUGUUGAGUGACGCUAAAGAACUUGUGAAGAGGUAAAUGUAAAUGGCAUAAAUGCGGUGUGUAUAACCUAG